GUACAAACCAAGUAGGCUCCUCUCCUCAUCAGCAUCAGCAAGAUCAGAACGCGGCCUGUAGUUGCCAUCUGGUAUUGGAGACUCCUGAAGAGGAAAAAGUGCCGCGGGUGCAAGAAGAAAUAGCUCCGCAGGACUUUGUCAAAGUGAAAAGUCGUCGCCCGGUACUCGCAUCCUUUGAAGAUCAUUCUCGAG